GUAUUAUAACCUGGUUUAGUGUUUCGUUUCAAAAGAUGCAAUUUUAGUCUUAUAAACUAUUUGCAGGAUUGGAGGCUGCAUUAGGUGAAAGCAAGGUAGAUGCUAUCAUCAAUGUUGCUGGUGGUUGGGCUGGUGGCAAUGCUAGCAGUAAGGAUUUUCUGAAGAACUGCGAAUUAAUGUGGUCCCAGAGUGUGUGGUCAUCUACCAUCACAGCCCAGGCUGCUUCACGCUUUCUCAAAGAAGGGGGAUUGGUGUCUCUCCCUGGUGCACAACCUGCAAUCAAUGGAACGCCAGGCAUGAUUGGAUAUGGUAUGGCCAAGGCUGCUGUGCAUCAGCUAACAAAGAGUCUUGGUGAGGAAAAGUCUGGACUACCACAGGGGGCCACAGCAGUUGCCUUGCUUCCAGUCACCUUGGAUACACCUAUGAAUAGGAAGUGGAUGUCCAGUGCAGACUUCUCCACUUGGACCUCACUUGAGUUUGUUGCCGAGCUCCUCCACAAGUGGACAACUGGGAGUGACCGACCAGCAUCUGGCAGUCUUGUGCAGCUCAUCACCAAGGAUAACAAGACAGACUUGGUUGUGGCUUAAGUCUUUGUCACAUAAUGGGACGAGGAAUUUUGUUAAUGUUUUAGAUUGUUUUUUGUUACUGCAAAUGUUUCCAGGGUUUAGUUUUUAAUAGUUGUAUUUAGUUUUUAAAGUUGCGACAGUCUGGUUUUUAAGUGCUUAAAAUAUUUUGGCAAUUAGCUUUUGUUCUCUAUUGUGCAAGUGCUGAUGCUUGCUGCUUAAAUAAUACAGUAUAGUAAAUAUUCAUAUUGUAUUGGCAAAUAUUUUCAGUGCAACAUACAGGAUGAAAGUGUGCAAUGAUGGUCUAGUUAAGGUGAUAAGUCCUGUAUGUAAUUGCCUAGCUUCAGAGUAACAGAUUACUAUAUUUUUAUACCAUAUUUUGACUAAACAAGAAGACGGUAAACCAAUGAAAGUGCUUCCUAGAUCAACAAAAAGUUAAAAAUGCUUUAUUCACUGUACAGUAUACUAGUAUUGAUCUUUAAGAGCAAAAUAAAAAUGACAAAUGGUAUCACUUUUUUAGUAGUAAGUGUAACCCACUAGUAGUAAGUGGUAAGUAGCAACCCACUGGCAUUUUUAAUAUUCAUGGAUGUUAUUUCUAAACAUAAAGGAUACUUAGCACUGCAGUAAUUGCAUUUCUUGUCAUUUUUCACCAGAAUUAACCUUCCUGGCUUGGUGCCUUAUUUUGAUAAUUACUUACCAGAAUAAAAAGUGCAGUCAUAUUUCCAGCAAUGAAAGAAAUGGACAGUAAUCUAUUUCCCUAAUAAUGCAAGAAAUCAAUGGAAUAUUUACUCUAUUUGUGCAAUUAUACAAGUUAUUUGUAUAUAAAGUUUUGUUAUGAAAUUAUUUGUUAAUGCCUUGUAUUUUUAGGCGGCGUGGCAUCCAUUACAAUUUAUGCAUCUAGUGCAAUGUUUUUUUAACAUUGUAUACUAGUUUGAAUUGUAAAAACUUGGGUGUGUUACUCUGUGUGCUUCCCUAUACACAUCUGGGUUUUUCACAUUUCCUGUUAGUGUACUUUAGAAUAUUAAAUCUGAAAUGUUAUGUACCAAGGACCCAAAAAGUCUAUGCAACACCAUCCAAGAUAGCUUCAAAACAUUAUAUACAGUAUACCUGCUUACGAGUAAAAACUAAUUUGUAUUCAGCACAGCUUUACAUUCCAAAUAUCUAAAUUGUUACCGAAAUAUAAUUUAAAAAUAUAA